AUGGGUUCUGUGAUGUUGGACUGGAGGUUAUCAUUUCUUCUUCUGCAGGCAGCUGUUUUGCUGCUGCUCAGCACGGGGGAGAGGAUGUGCCCCGCGAGCUGCCGCUGCGAAGGAAAGAUUGUUUAUUGCGAAUCUGGCAUCUUCCAAGACAUCCCAGAAAACAUCACCACGGGAUGCCAAGGUCUGUCUCUGCGCUAUAACAGCCUGGUGGUUCUGUUGCCCUACCAGUUCGCCCAUCUCAAUCAGCUGAUCUGGCUGUACUUGGACCACAACGCCAUCAACGCUAUCGACGCUUUAGCCUUCCAUGGUGUGCGCAGGCUCAAGGAACUGAUCCUGAGCUCCAACAAAAUCAGCCACCUGCACAACAACACGUUCAGCGCCGUACCAAACCUGCGAAAUUUAGACUUGUCCUACAACCAGCUGCAGUCUCUGCAGCCAGGACAUUUUUACGGACUGCGCAAGCUACAAAAUCUCCACCUUCGGUCUAAUGGACUGAAGCAGAUCGUCAUUCGUACCUUUCUGGAGUGCCGCAGCCUGGAGUUUCUGGACUUGGGUUAUAAUCGCUUGCGGAGCCUCACCCGCACGACGUUCUUAGGCCUGUUCAAGCUGAAAGAACUUCAUUUAGAGCACAAUCAAUUUUCCAGGAUUAAUUUCUUCAUUUUCCCUCGCCUCACCAACCUCCAGGCGCUUUACCUGCAAUGGAACCGCAUACGGUCCAUCAAUCAAGGCGUGCCCUGGACCUGGCACAAACUACAGAAACUGGACCUGUCGGGGAACGAAAUCCAAAUCUUGGACCCAGCGGUUUUCCAGUGCAUGCCAAACUUACAAAUACUCAACCUUGAAUCGAACAAGCUCAGCAGCGUGCCUGUGGAAGCUGUGGCAGCGUGGACGUCACUGACCACCGUCAGCCUGGCAGGGAACGCCUGGGACUGCAGCCCCAGCAUCUGUCCUCUCAUGGGCUGGCUCAGAACCUUCAGGGACUCCAAAGACAUCAGCAUGAUCUGCAGCAGCCCCAAGUCUGUGCAGGGCGAGAGGGUCGUGGAUGUAGUGAGGAACCACUCCACCUGUGCGGAUGUGUCCAGUGUCUUCUCAGCAACCGCUCUCGUCCCGCCGACUUCAACCCCGACUGUGAACAUCACAGCCCGCCUCUCCCCCUCUGGUGUCACACACCUGCCUGGCACCGACUCACCUGUGCAGAGAUCGACCCCUUCACCCGUCCGUCCGAGCGGGACGGACAGAAAGGCGACGGAGUCCACGACCGUGAGCUCCACAUCGCCCAUCUCCCCUGAACCCCCUACGUCGUUUAUCCCAGAGCUACAGUUUGAACACAUGGCUUUCCAUAAAAUCAUUGCAGGCAGCGUAGCCCUGUUCCUGUCCGUGUCAUUGAUCCUGCUGGUUAUUUAUGUGUCGUGGAGGCGCUACCCCAACACCAUGAGGCAGCUGCAGCAGCACUCAGUCAACCACAAGCGCCGGAAAAAGGGCCGCAAGCAGGAGCAGGACCUUAACUCUCAGCUGCAGGAGUACUACCUGAGCUACCACUCAAACUCAGAGACGAUGGACUCUCUGGUGACUGAGACCAGGCCGUGCACCUGCACCAUAUCCGGAUCCAUAGAAUGUGAGGUCUGA